AUGUACUUCUUUCCACCUCUUAAUAAGACUGGUGUUUCGAAUAAGUCUGCAUGUAUUAUCUCACCAGACAUUUGUGUUUUUGAUUAUGGUCAACCGAAUGACGACGGCAUGAUCAAGAUCAAGGAGGCAAAGCCUCUCAGCAGUGAAAUAUACCGAUCAGUAGUUGGCAGUUUGCUGUACUUGGCGAUGUCGACCCGACCGGAUAUUGCUUACCCAGUGAGUUUGAUGUCUCGAAAGCUGAACAAUGCUACAGAGAUUAAUUGGGAAAUCGUACAGACAACAUUAAGGUACCUUCGCAGUACCAUAGAACCCGACAUUGUGUACAAUAAUGAAGAUGAUAGAAGUUUGAUGUUGUUUAGUGAUGCAGAUAACAACAGCUGUGCAGAAACACGCAAGUCUCGAACAGGUGCUAUUUCUUUCUAUGGUGGAGGUGCAAUUACGUGGCGAAGCAAGCUACAGGAGGCCAUAUCCAAUUCAAUGACAGAGGUAGAGAAAAUGGCAGCAGCUGAUGCUACAAAAGACCUGAUAUGGUUGAAGAGCUUGUUCAGUGAGAUAGCUAAUAAUGUUUCAUUGCCUAUCCUACAAAUUGAUGAUCAGAGUACUAUCAAGUAA